AAAAAGCUUAAACCGCGACAAAAAAAACAGUUUCGUCGCUCUCCACAGUCUCUCCAUCUCCACAACACAGCUCUCUAUCAUUAUGUCUGAGGAAUACUUGUUCUCUCCUGACCUCAUCUCGCCCAACGUCAAGGCGAACCUCCCCAAGGGCUACACUUGCCGUCCUCUCUCGAACAAGGACUAUGGACGUGGAUUUUUGGAUGUGUUGAAGGUUCUCACCACUGUUGGAGAUAUCUCCGAGAAGAUGUACCUCGCCCGCUUCAACUGGAUGAAAGCCCGCAACGACUCCUACUACCUCCUCGUCAUCGUCGACCAAAACGACCGCAUCGUUGGCUCCGGAACCCUCCUCAUCGAGCGCAAAUUCAUCCACGAAACCGCCUCCACCGGGCACAUUGAAGACAUCGCCGUCGCGAAGGACCAGCAGGGCAAGAAGUUGGGAUUAAGGAUCAUUGAGGCAUUGGAUUAUGUCUGUGAGAAGCAGGGAGCGUAUAAGAAUACGCUUGUGUGUAAGGAUCAUAAUAUUCCUUUUUAUGAGAAGUGUGGGUUCAAGAGGGGACAGAAUGAAAUGACCAGGUACUACAAGUUGUAAGGUAUGGCUAGCUGGACAAGAAACAGGGAACACUGCCAACCUCCGCCUCAUAGACAUACGCCCAAUUCAAUCAAAAAUAUCAUGACAUUCUACUGUACUAUAUAGCACACACC